AUGAGAACGAUUAAAAUUGAAAGGCAAUCAGAGACGCCACGAGUCGAGUUGAAGAUCAUACGCGGCAGUAAGAAGCCCAGGCAGACUGAAGCCAGGAAAAACCAACAAAAUCUUAUAACUAUAUUACUCAACUCCAAUGCAAAUCCCAUCAGAUCAAAAGACAGCCUCGGAUACGGGUGUGCUUUUUGUCCUGAACAGUUUCCAGAGCCGACUGACCUUAAAAAACAUUUCUUAGUAGAACACAACAGUGAUAGACUGAUUAAGUACAUGACAUCUAGGCUGUUCGAACAUGUCGUCAAAUUGGAUAUCACGUAUUUGAACUGCGCUCUUUGCAACACGGACAUGGCUAGUCUUGAUGAUUUUAUGAACCAUUUAAAGACUGAGCACAAGAAAGAAAUACACACUAACCUCAGAAGCUCAAUACUGCCCUUUAAAUUUGACACACCACAGUUAAAAUGCACGAUUUGCGCGACGGAAUAUCUCAACUUCAAACUUUUACAAGAGCAUAUGAACACACAUUUUGGUACUCACAUAUGCCAUAUAUGUUCCAGAGGGUUUGUGACUGAGCGCCUCUUAGCGACUCACAUCAGGAGACAUAACAAUGGGGAAUUUAAAUGUGAGCAAUGUAACAAAGUGUUUGGAAAUAGUGAAAGACUGAAAGAGCACCAGAAACGUGUACAUUUAGGGUUCAACAAACGAAACAAAUGCAUGGUUUGUAAUGAAAGAUUUAUGGAUUAUUGGAGGAAAGUGGACCAUAUGGUGAAAGUGCAUGGUGCGCCACCAGUAGUCUUGAAAUGCCAAGCGUGUGAACGUACUUUCUUAAACCAGAGGGCGUUAGCGCGACAUACGAAGAAAGACCAUCUGAUGGAGAAGAAACAUAAGUGUGAGGAAUGUGAGAUGCGAUUUUUUAGCAAGAGCAGUUUGUCACGUCACAUGGCAAAACAUACGGGUGACCUGAAAGAAAACGAAAAACGAACGCCAAUUAAACUGGAAAAGAAAAUUCGAAGAGGCAAAACUAUUCGCAUCACUAUCACAAGAAAAGCAAAUGGCGUAGCAGAAGUAGAAAAACAUCAAAAUAACAUAAAAGAAAUACUUUUAAAUACAAACGCUACACCGAUUCGAUGUCGAGGAGGUAUCGGAUACGCUUGUUGCUUCUGUGUCGAACAGUUCCCUGAAGCAAAAGACUUGAAAAACCACACACGAGAUUCUCACAGCGUGGACGAAAAAUCUAUAUUUAUGAAAGGCAAAGACAUGCAUGGCUAUUUCGUAAAAUUAGAUAUUACCGACUUAAAAUGCGAACUCUGUGGUCAAAGCAUAGAUAAUAUAGAGAAAAUGGUCAAUCAUCUCCAACUCAGUCAUGAUAAGAAGCUUUACACGGAUAUAAAAGACCAUAUAAUACCUUUCAAGUUUGGCAGUGGACCUCUCAGUUGUUUUAUGUGCUUGAACGUCUUCAAUUCCUUCAAAGCUCUACAAGAACAUAUGAAUGUGCAUUACAAUAAUUAUCUUUGCGGGGUCUGUGGUGCAGGCUUUGUUAAUAAGAAUAUCCUCUUAAGACAUGGCGAUGCUCACAAAAUUGGCACUUUUACUUGCGAAGAGUGUUCUAGAACUUUCGAUACAGCUAGAAAGAAAAGGCUUCAUGAUAGAUCUAAACACUCCGGAGUAAAUUUACCGCACAAAUGUGGUUAUUGUAUGGAAAGAUUUAAAGAGGUUUGGAAAAAACAAGAGCAUUUAUUUAAAAUUCAUGGAGUGAAAAGUCCAGGGAUAAAUUGUCAAGCGUGUGACAAAAGUUUUGAAACGAAGCAUGCGUGGAGGUUGCAUACUUCAAGAGUCCACCUCAUGCAAAGACCCCACAAGUGCCAGCAUUGUGAAAUGGAGUUCUACGCGAAGAGGGAGUUGGAAAGUCAUAUGGUAAAACACACGGGGUCUAGGGAGUUCAAGUGUGACUCCUGCUUUAAAACCUAUGGGAGGCAGAAGACGUUGAGGGAACAUGUCCGAAAAGUACAUAAU